UGGGUUAGACGUGUGUUAGCUCAUCCCGAUGAAUAUAGGACAGGGGAGGUCCUGUCAGCUGUUAGUACUGAAGAUUCUCGAUAGCUGAUAGAAGCAACGGCCACGAGGAGAGAGAGAUGUGGAGUCGUACAAGGAAUCAGUAGCUCAAGCCCAAAGCCUAUCUGCGGUUUGGCGACACCAAUCCUAGACUGAUAAGCUCCACGUACCAUCGAGAAGAGUCGUAGGCUCGUCCCGUCUAUAAAGCCUUGGAAAUGAAUCGGAUAUUUUUGGAGUGGAUAUGCGUCAGACAUCUGCCGCUUUUGAAAAUCGUCCCAGCAGCAUUGUUCAUCUCAACUCUACUUAUCGUUCGACAUAAUGUCUCUAGACUUUAAGAGGGAUGAGUCUGUCCAGCCGGUCACUUCGGCCGUGGUCGGCGAGACCGCAAAGAUAGUCGAUGACCGAGCUUUAGAUGAGGCAGCAAAGUAUCUAGCUAAUCAUGAAGAAUUCGGGCCCAUGACUCCUGAGCAGGAGAGGAAGAUUGUGAAAAAGAUUGAUGCUUGGAUGAUUCCUUUACUAGUAUUCUGUGCGACCCUAUCUGCCGUCGAUAAAGUGGAAAUAGGAACGGCUUCCCUAUACGGAUUUCAAAAGGACAAUGGCAUGGUGGGCCAGCAAUACAGCUGGUUGGGUAGUAUUCUGCCAUUAGGUACACUAGUUGGCUUACUAGUAACCUCCUAUCUGAUCCAGCGAUUUCCUCCAGGAAAAUUGCUAGCAACUGGUUCCCUACUGUGGUCCAUCUGCACCCUCAUGUAUGCGCCGUGCAGAACGUGGUCUGGGUUUAUGGGUUUGCGCUUCUUGUUGGGAUUCCUUGAAGCAGUCUCAACUCCUUGCUUCACGGUACUCGUCGCGUCUUUCUAUAAAAAGGAGGAGCAGCCUCCGAGGAACGGAAUCAUCUUUGCAUACUUCUCGUCAAUAUUCAACGGCUUUUUCGCUUGGGUUGUAGGAUAUAUCCCCGACGAUGCCCCGUUACUGAAAUGGCAGUAUCUGUAUCUUCUCACCGGCUCGAUCAACGUAAUAUAUUCGCUCUUCUUGUGGUUUGUCCUGCCCGACAGUCCCAUGAAUGCUUUUUUCCUCACUCCGGAGCAAAGAUACCACGCCACACAACGGUUAGCUGCGAACCGAACCGGCAUCGCUAACAGGGUAUGGAAGUGGGAUCAGGUUUGGGAAGCUCUUAUCGAUGUUAAAGUUUGGCUCAUUGUCUUGUUCAAUAUUGUUAUCAACAUCCCUAAUGGCGGCCUCCAAGCCUUCGGAUCGAUCAUCAUUAACAACUUGGGUUACAGCCCCUUGGUAUCCAGUCUCUUGACGAUGCCAUUCGGCGUCUUAGCUACGGGUGGUGCUUGGGGUUUCUCAUAUAUCGCUGCAAAGUGGCAUAACCGGCGGGCCCUAACUGCGGCUCUAGCCUUGCUGCUUCCUAUUUUCGGAACGGCCUUGGUAUAUGGAUUACCGCGAACAAACGUCCCUGGCCAAAUGGUGGGACUAUACUUUAUGUAUUUCUACUGGCCGCCCUAUGUUGUUGCUAUAUCCCUUAUUCAAGCAAACACUGCUGGUAUGACUAAAAAGGCGGUGACGUAUAGUCUUGCGACAAUAGGAUAUGCUGCAGGAAAUCUCAUUGGUCCCCAGACCUUCAGAAGCAACGAAGCGCCCAAGUACGCUACCAGCGUAAUAGCCAUGUUAGUCAGUUACUGCGCCUGCAUGCUGAUUCUUAUGGUAUACUGGCUUGUCGGAUCUUGGGAGAACAAGCGCAGAGACCGUAAGUAUGGCAAGCCGGAGGAGGUUCACGAAGGUACCAACGAGGGCUUUGUCGAUAUUACAGAUAAGAAACAGCGCGAAUUCCGUUACACCACCUAAAGUUCCCUGGCGGUAUCGAGUUGAGGCCGAGGGAUGGUUACUAGAGAUGGUCAUUGAGGUCGCGACAUGUUGGUAAU